AUGUGGAAGACUGUAGAUGUUAGGAUCUUGCUCUUAGUUCUUUCGCUGUUAACAAACGUGAAGAGUACAGCGUUGUCAGAUCAGAAAAAAUGCGGUGACCCAGAAUGUGAAACUUCAAUAAUUCGAGUGAAAGCCAUUAAAGACUACACAGGACCUGACUGUCGCUAUCUGAACUUCAAAUCAGGAGAAGACAUAAUAGUAUACUUCAAACUUUCAAGGAAAAGGGAGGACUUGUGGGCGGGAAGUAAAGGUAAGGAUUUUGGAUAUUUCCCAAGGGAUGUGGUCCAAACAGAAGAAGUUUUUGUUACAGAGGAAGUAGAAGUCCCAACUAAGGAAACUGAUUUCCUUUGUCUUGAUGGAGGGGAAUAUGUUUUUGAAAACAAAGACAGCAUACUUAAUACUCAGCAUGAAGAAAAUGAAUAUAUACCUUUUUACACAGAAGAAUACUCAAAAUUAAACAUGCCCAGAGAUGAGGCUCUGGAAGUGACAGGUAUUUCCUUCCCAAAGGAAUAUAAAGAACCUGACAGGGAUGACAGCAAAUCCAAAAACCAGCAUACCCUGGAAUCUACGAGGCAUGGAGAUUCAGAACUCAGAGGCAGCAUGACUGGAGUAGAUGAGAGCAUUCAGCAAGAAGAUCAAAGGAGUCCAGUUCUGAAACCAGUCCCUAAACAAACUACAUGGUCUGUUACUGGUAUUGCAGGUUGGCUUGGUUUGGGAGGCAAACAAGAAGAGGAGCCUGCAAGAGAAAUCUCAGAGACUGCAGAACAAAUUACAUUCAGACGCAGAAAAAUAGCCAUCACUGAUGACAGUGACUUUAAAAAACUCAAUGAUGAUAGUGAAACAGAGCCAAGGACCUGGUUUCAGAAUACUUUGACAGAUUUGAUGCACUUUGGAAGUGAGAAGGCUGGAUUUGGUUUGCUGUACAAAGAAAAUUAUCCAGAUGUCCAAGACAUCUCCAGAAUCACUGGGGAUGCUGAUCCCCAUGGCAGUACAGCAUCAGAUACACAAGAAGAGGAACCCAGGGAUUCCACAGUAUCCAAAUCUAACUGGUUUGAUUUAGAUAUAAGUGAUGUUUUAACUUUUGGCUACUCUAAUGAGAAUGAAGUUCAAAGAGAGAAGUAUGAAGGAACAGAAGCAAUAAGUACAAAUGAAGACUCACUGCCUCUAAGUGUACAUUCAACAGACACUGUAGUGGAUCAACGUUUGAUAAAGAGAACAUCCAAGUCACCACCCCAUGAAGAGCAAGAAAAAUAUAUUCAAGAAAUUACAGAGGUUAAAAAAACAGAUUCCAAAGUGCAAUUAACAAACGAAGUUACAGAAUUCAAAGAGGCCACAGAUAGAUCUGUUUCCACUGAGCCAGGCACAACUAAUACAGGAAAAUCAUCUGGUGGUGGUCCUACAGUGAAUUCCAAUAAAAAACCUAACAGUGGUCAAUAUUCAAAAACAAACAGAAUUCCUCCAGUAACUAUUGAGGAGAAUAUAUGUACUUCAGAAAACAGGGGUCAGCUGAAUUUGAAAGAAAGAGUAUUAGUGAGAAAUCUGAUGACUCAAAACUCUACUUUCAGAUAUGCAGAAAGAGAAUGGCUAUUUCAGAUAAUCCUGUAUUUGAAUGACAUCUGUGACUUUAUAAACUCUGCGUUUUCAGAUAUGAUGCUUAUGAGCAAACAGGUUGUUGCAGCAUUGCCUGAAAAUGUGAGACCCGGUCCAAAUCUUUAUGGAUUCCCAUGGGAAAUGGUGAUAUGUUCUGCAGUUGUUGUCCUUUUUGUUGUCUUUCUACUAAUGUACAGGAGCUAUCAGUCAGUCAGAAGUAGACUUUAUGUUGGAAGAGAGAAGCAACUUGCUAGUAAAGUUGCUGAACUUGUUGAAGACAAAUGUAAACUACUAGAAAAGCUCAGCCUCCACAAAAAAGAGUAUGAUGAGUUAGAAAACUCAUUGAAGGACACCAGCCUUCUAAGUGAGUCAACCAAUGCAUCCAACAUUAAGACAGUGUGUGAACAACUGAGGAGCUCAAACUCUGUGAUCGAGAAGGAAAUAGAAUGUUUAGAAAAAGAACUAGAAGAAGAGAAGUCUAAAGGAUCAGAACAAGAUGACUUGAUGGCUGAAAUACAGAGAAGAUUGGAGUCUUUAGAAAAUGAAGAAAAAUCUAUCUGUCAGCAAAUACCUGAAGCUAAAACUACAUUAAAAGUGUACAAUAUCAACAUAGAGAGACUGAAGAAGUCUGUUCAUGAUGCAGUAGAGGAAAACAGCCGUCUUCAAGAAAGUGAAAAACAGCUGUUACAAGAAGCCGAAGGAUGGGGUGAACGAUUUAGUGAACUAAACGAACAAAUAAAAAUGUUUGAAUCUUCUAAAGCAGAUAUGGAGGAGUCUCUUAAAAACAAGGACAGUCAAGUCAAGACACUGACUGAAUUCUUGUUGAAGAUGAAAGACUGGAGCAGCGCAGUAGAGGAACACGAUGAUACCGAAGACAGCUAUUGGGCUAACAAUACGAGGGAAGAAACAGAGAACGGGGAACAUCUAGAUGAUCAGGAAAAACGAACUGUAAGGAAGCUGAUUCAUGCUGCUAAGCUAAAUGCUUGCCUAAAAUCAUUGGAAAUGGAAAGAAAUCAAAUAUAUUCAAAGCUAACUGAUGAAAACAAAGCAAAAGAGGAACUUGCAGAACGCAUUGAAAAUCUACAAAGGGAACAUGUCACGUUGCAGUCUGAAAAGACACAUUUUGGAAAUCAAGUUCAAAAGCUUCAGCAAAAACUAAAAGUCAUGACAGAGCUGUAUCAAGAAAAUGAAAUGAACCUCCACAGGAAAUUAACUGUAGAAGAGAAAGAACGGCUGCAAAAAGAAGAAAAACUUUCUAAAGUUGACAGAAAAAUUAAUCAUGCUGCUGAAGAACUGACCACUUACCGACAACGAGCAAAAGAUCUAGAAGAUGAGCUGGAAAGAACAGUUCGCUCUUAUCAGAAUCAGAUUAUGUCACAUGAGAAGAAAGCUCAUGACAAUUGGCUAACAGCCCGAGCAGCUGAAAGGCACCUCAAUGAUAUAAGGAAGGAAAGUUUGCAUUUUAGACAACAAUUAACAGAAUCAGAAUUUAAAUGUGAUCUUUUGAUAAAAGAUCCUUACGCUUUUGAUGUUCCAAUUAGAACCUUUGGCAGAGAGCAUUCCCCAUAUGGACCCUCACCAAUGGGCAGACCUUCAUCUGAAACAAGAGCUUUUCUUUCCCCCCCAACCUUAUUGGAGGGUCCAUUAAGACUUUCACCUGUGCUUCCAGGUGGAGGAGGAAGAGGAUCAAGAGGACCAGGGAACGCUGCCAUGUAUGAGGCUGGUAAUGAAAGAGAAGAGCUGAGUUCUGACAGGUUAUCUAAUCCUCACAGACCACCUUCAGACAGUGGUUCUUUAUCCCCUCCAUGGGACAGAGAUCGCAGGAUAAUGCCUCUUCCUGCAGGUCAGCUGUAUAAUGACCAGUCUCUUCCCCCUCAAAGACAAGAGAGAUUUUAUCCCAACCCUCCAAACUCUGGAAGGCUUUCAGGCCCAGCAGAGCUAAGAAGUUACAAUAUGCCUUCUUUUGAUAAAGCAGAUGGACACAUAUCUGAGAAUCACUUGAGAAUGGGCUUCAGUGGAAAUGGAGUAAAAGAUAAUCCCAAUGAUAGUAAUAUGGCCAAUGUUUCAGACCAUCCUGUUGCUCCUGAAGCUGAAAACUUUCGUCCUGGGGUUGUGCCUCCUCCCCCUCUCCCUUUACUGAGAGCUCCUCUAAUGCCAAUGGAUCCACGGGGGCCUUUCAUGAGAAGAGGCCCUCCCUUUCCACCAGUGCCUCCUAGUGGUGUGUAUGGACCUCGUGACUAUUUUCCAAGAGAUUUUGCCAGUCUGCCACAUCCUUCAAUGCCAAUGAGAACUCCAUUUCCAUUGAGGCCUUUUUACCAGUAUCCAUCCCCGAGGGGUGGAUUUUUUCCACCUCCACCACCUCCACCUGAUAACAGCAAUGAACUGCCUGCAGGAUUAACACAGCUAUCAACUGCACCCUCUACAGAUCAUCAAGAACCACAACAGGAAGCCUGAUUCUUUUUAGAGUAAUUCAGUCUCCCUUUUCUCUUGACUGAAUUAUUUGCUGCUAAGUAACAGCUGUUACUUAAGCAACUCGAUGUGACUGGUGAAAUGGAAGCUUAAUAGAAUUAUUCUCAGGAGAGUGCUGCGUAAAUAAUGGUUGAACUGUAAAUAAAUGAUUUCCUUUGUACAAUAGCAAUUUUAAAUUAUUUUUAAUUUUUGAAUGUAGAUGUACAAAUC